AUGUCUGCGGCCCUCGUCAAGUGGGCGCAGCCGUUCUGCACCCAGUACGGAUUCAAGCACUUGGCCCCGUACCUUCCCACGGUCCUGGCUUCGUUGUCCUUCUGGCUCUCGCUGCAGUACCUCUCUGCCAAGGUCUCGCCUCGCCUCUUUCCUCAGACCUUUGCCAACUUGCGGCACUCAACAAAGAUCUCGUGGCACGUUCACUUUGUCGCCCUCGCCCAUGCAUGCAUCAUCACGCCCAUGGCGGCGCGCAUGUGGUACAAGGUGUACGAGCAAGGAGGCAUGGAGGGCAACCACCCUCUCGCCAGGAACAGGACGUACGGCUUCGACCAUGAGGCUGCGCAAGUCUAUGCCGUCGCACUCGGCUACUUUGUCUGGGACCUCGUCGUCAGCGCGCUGUUCGAUGGACCGGCCUUCGUCGCCCACGGUGCUGUGGCCAUGAUUGCAUUUGUUUUUGUCUACCAUCCCGUCUUCAUGUACGACGGUCUCGGAUUCCUCCUCUGGGAGGCCAGCACUCCCUUCCUCAACAUUCAUUGGUUCCUCGACAAACUGAGUAAGACGGGCUCGACGCUCCAGCUCGUCAACGCCUUCUUCCUCCUCUCUUCCUACGUCCUGGCUCGCCUCACUUUUGGCGUCUACAACUCCUACUCGUGGUUCAUGCACGUCAACUUCCCAGCCAAGCCUCACAGCCCGGCCAUUCCCCUGCACAUCCACAUCUUCUACACCGUCGGCAACGUCGUGCUCAACUCGCUCAACUUCAUCUGGUUCCGUGCCAUGAUUCGUGCCGUUCAGAAGCGCUUCACCGCCAAGCCCGCCGACGGAACGGGCAAGCUGGAUCCAAGAAAAGUGGCAGAGGGCAAGCAGAAGAUCAAGCUCGGCGUCGAGGGCACCAACGACCGCGAGUUCGAACGAGAGGCCGGGACAAAGGGCUACGAUUACGAGAGCCACGGCUCCUACUCUGACACGGAUCGCGAGGCGAGGUGGAGGCGAGUGGCCAAGAAGAAGGAGUAG